CCUCUGCUGCGUGGUUAUGCCUGAGGACGUGCUUUCUGGAUUCUCGUUUGUGUUAUCUCAAAAAUAGACGAGUGAAUGUUUUGCUACAGGUUCCGUCAUUGAUUGUCAAGUUAAUCUUCCCUAACAAGAUGAGCGGAGUUUACUUCGUGAUGGCCUAAUUCAGAGGUUUAUCAGGAACACAAGCACUCGGAUUAUUGUUCUUCCGUUCCUGUCUGGGAAAAUGUGUCCAACCCCAUGUUCUUCGAAACCUAUGCAUUCCCAGGGGCAGCAGCACCCAGUUGACAGAUGCUGGGGCCUUCCAGUGCUGGGAGCAAUCACCACUCUCAUAGUCUGCUUGCCAGCCUCUUACAUGGGCCUCCUAUUCGUCUUCUUCAUCGAAGAGUACGGCUACAGCAGGGCGCUUGCCUCUUGGCCCCAGAACGUAUUGAUUGUAGGGUCACAACUUUCAGGCCUGGUUGUCAGCGAACUGCAGCAACAUUUUGGAGUGGCCAACAUUGCUGUGCUGAGUUGCAUUCUCGCCGCCAUCGCACUCAUAGCUGCUGCAUUCUCCAGGAACGUUGUCUGGGUCUCCGUCACGUUGGGAGCAUUUUACGGUCUAGGCAUGGGGAUGUUCCUGACGUGCGUCUGCGUCUACAGCCUGAUGUUGUUUAGCAAGUACAGGGGAACCGCCACGUCUCUCAUCUUCGUCGCUUGGAGUGUCUCCGGUGUUUAUGCCCCGGCCGUGUUGGCGCUUCUGCGUGAGCGCUAUGGUCUCCAGGGCAGCCUCCUAAUAUCUGGCGCUGUGCUUUUGCACGCGGUGCCUCUCAGCAUGCUCCUCAGGAAUCCGUUAGCUAUAAGGCUGAAGUUUCUCGAAGCUCUAUCACGCGCAAUUUGGAUUCGAACAGCAACGAAACAAAAAUACGAUACCGCGAAAACAGGACAGUCUUUUUGGAUGCUCAUUCAGCCGUUGGUCGUGAAUGCGCGGACGACCACAUCAACGACUGUCCUCUGAAAACGCCCAGUGGGUCACUUCUGACGCUUCAGGCUUACUCAAUCACUGCGGAGCACAAAUCUUCGGCAAGCGGUUCAAAUUUGCAAAAGCGAGACGUUUGUUUUUCUACUCCUGCGAACGCAGACUCAAGACAACCGUACAGUGUUCUUAAAGCUAGCAUAAUUUUGCUUCGCUCUCCCGCAUUUUAUGUGUUUCUCGUGGCUACUGUGGUUGGCGAGUACUCCCUCAUGGCCUUCGCCAUGACCGUCGUUGACUACACGAUAGACAAAGGCGUAGAGCUCAAUAUCGCCGCGCACCUCGUGAUGUGCGGCGCAGUGGGCCAGAUACUCGGCCGCCUCUUCAUCGUGCCCCUCUCAGACUGUGUCCCCAGCACCCGUUGCCUGCUAUUUGCUGGGGCGUUCGUGACAGAAGCGCUCUGCACUGCAGCAAUGCCGCACGUCUUCUCCUUGCCCACCAUAGUGGCGCUGCGCAUGACAGAGACAGCUGUGCAAGGGUCCGCCAUUGCCGUACGUGGUAUCCUGCUGGUCCACUACGUCGGGCUGGAGACCAUAACUACCUGCACGGGCCUCUUCGGCCUGCUAUUGAUACCAGUAUCCAUCAGCAGCGCAUCAAUGAUAGGACACUUUCGAGACAGCAUGGGGUCUUACGACGGCUUCUAUCGACUUCUUGCUGGUGCAAACAUCGCUGUAGCGACUGGCUUGUUCUUUUUUUUCGCUGCUGACUGGAGGAAAACCCGGAGGCGGCACCUAUCGCAUGCGCGCAAGACUUAUCCUGCUGAGACUGCGCCCGGUUGCAAUGAAGCGCUUGCGAAGCCUAGCUAACCACCGUGACCAACCAAUAAUGCUCAUGCACAUAUGUUCAAUAGUAAUUCCCGAACAUCGGACUUCGAGAGCUGAAUUCUACAGAAACAGAUGGCCACUGUGAUAAGCUCACUGCCAUUUCGGCUGCGAUAAAGACAAAGGCCGAGAGAACGCUGUUUCCACUUCGCAAGUGUAGCAGUGUGGCUUCAGAUAUAGGCUGUUUUUCCAACGCGUGCGACGCUCCUGAGCAACAAAGCUCGUGCAACAAAAAAUCUAAGAACCUGGAGUCUACGCAAGGACAUCUUCCUAAAGCCUGCGGUAGUUGCUGACGUGCGGGGUAACAAGGUAUCACAUCUGGCGCGUUUCUCUUUCACCCAGGUAGAAACCGACAAAGAAGUUUCUCGUGCCCACACAACCCUCGAUCAAUGAAUCAAAAAUCUACUGAAGCAUCGAGCGUCUACGCAUGAAGGAAGAAAUACGCGAACGGGGGCACAACCGUCUGCUUUUUACCUGAGUGUCGAUAUGCACUAAUACCGGUGGUAAUGCAAUUUUAUCAGCGAAAAUAAAUCUCGCUGCUGGUACAUCCUUUCUCUUUCUUUCUUUUAUUGCAUAAGUGACAUUUUCUGGAUAAGUCGCACCCCGCACGUCUUGCGAGUUCCAAAGAAGAAUUUGGUAUAUAAGUUCCGCCAAUGUAUCAGACGCACCUAUUUUAACUUGACCGGCAUGAUGAAACGCGAGUGUGCUCUGUUGCACAUUCAUCAAAAAAUGCCGUAUUUAUCCACUUGAGGGCGCUUAAUUUACGUCAACAGAAUUUUGACGAGCACAAAAACACGCACCAAUACUCCUCUACGAUGCAGGCAACCAACAUUUAUUGCACUUCACUCGGAGUCAAAGAUGGCCUCAUCGGCCGU